CUUCCCCUCUCUCUCUCGCUCGAUUCCUCGAAAUUCCACCCCCCUUCGCCGACCUCCUCCUUUGUUUCCAAGUUCCGACCUCCGGCGAUGGCGUCGUUGGGGGAGAUGCUUUUGAACCAGGAGCUGGCGGCGGUGGCAGCCAUGUCGGCGGACGUGCACGGCAGGUUCGAAAGGUACAUCCUGAGCCCUGCCCAUGGUUUUCCCCACUUCCAGCAAGCUGGCAGCGCUCCGGCAGGAUUCCCCGACACGGGAUUGCUCGUUUCCGGCUUGGGCAUGCCUCCCUCCACCUUCAUCAUGCCGGAGGGGACCCACGCGGCCGCGGGUUAUGGCGCUGAGGCCGUCCCGGUGGAGAUCCCUGUGGUCCGGCGACAAAGACCUGCCGCCAAGAACGAUGGGGCGACACCGUUCAGAGGACCGUGGACGGAGGAAGAGGAUGAACUUCUCAGGAGAUUGGUCGAUGAGCAUGGCGAACAUAAGUGGGCAACCAUUUCAGAGCACCUCCCGGGACGGAUCGGCAAGCAGUGCCGUGAGCGAUGGACAAAUCACGUGCGCCCCGGCAUCAAGAAGGAGCACAUCUGGACUGAGGCGGACGACAUAAUGCUGAUUGACGCGCACAAGGUCCACGGAAACCGUUGGUCGUCGAUCGCGAGGUGCCUGCCCGGCCGGUCGGAGAACGCCGUCAAGAAUCACUGGAACGCGACAAAGCGGAGCCUCAAGUCGAAGCGCCGGUUCAAGAAGAAGACGAGCCAACAGGCCGCCCCGGGGCAAUUCACCCUCCUCGAGGAGUACAUCCGCGACAAAAUGAUGGCUGACGAGAACGUGGCGCCACCGUCUCCAUCGGCCGGCGUCGCGUAUGACGGCCAGAUCGUUCCAUGUGCCGCUGCAAUGCUGGCCGUCUCCAGCCCACACGGGAUGGGUCAGUACCUCCACCCAGCCAACGCUGCCGGGUCAUCGUCGCAAGCAGGAAUGAUGAACCUGAGCGUGCCGUUGCCGGACCUCAACGCCUACAGCGGCGAGAUGCUGGAGCGAUACUACUACCCGACCUACAGCAACAACCUGCUGCCCUAUGGACCCGAGCCGGCAUUUCCGCAGAUGUUUAGUGCCCAGGGACGCAUGCAUGCUGCAUGCACGAACCUUAACUUGUUCCCGCUCCCCCAGCACCCCGGUGGCGGCUACUACGGCAGCGAGACGGGCCGCAGCAGCGCCGGUGGCAGCAGUGAUCAGGACGAAGACGUGGCCCAGAUGGCCUCGAGGGAGUUCCAGACGUCCGAGGACGAGGCCACACUGGACCUCACUGGCUUCAACUGAGGCGGUCCGUCCGCCGGAUCGAUCCAAGUACCCUAUCCAUUAAUUUCAAUUUGUCGUUUUUACCUUUCCGAACAUUUUACUUUGUGGUUGGUUCAAUCUGCUGCUGUUGUAUACUGUUGCCCGAAAAACACACUUGUGUGUUUGUGCGGCGUGGCAUGCAUGUAUCUUUAAUUUCCGUAUUGUGAGUACUGUGUAAAAGUACCUUCUGCCGAACAAUUUGUUGGAGAACCUUUGUUGUACCU